UUACUACGAUUCACUAGACAUAUUUCGUUAUCCCGACAAUCUCUUUGGAAUGGGCGCCCCGGCCGCAAAAUCAGCCACCCCCCUUGGCUCAGCACAGCAACUAGCUGUAUUUUUUACCCAUUCUAUGUCAUAUAAAUGGAGCUCUCAACCGGGGAACCCAAUCUUUCUUGACAUCAUCUACCCAUGAGUGACACACCCUCAUACAACAGCUUCGGCGGCGUCUUCAGUUCAGAAAAUGAUGUAUGGGCGAGUUUGAAUUUUGAGGAGCAGCAGCAGCAGCAACAACAAAUACCAAGAGCUUCGUAUCCCCUUGCUCCUCACAUGAGUCCGAUGGAUACGUAUGACUAUGCAGAUUACGUUGGAUUCCCUGGCCAGCUACAGUCCGAGUUCAAUGUACCAUUCCCUUCACACUUUCAAGAUGCUGCUAGGAACGGGCUUCCUCGCAUUGAUACGAAGGCCGCUUUGCCGCGGUUAUCGAUAGUAUCUGAUUCUUCGACUUCAGCAGGGUCCAUGAUGCCGCAGACUCCUUAUUCUUGGGCAGAUGCCAGUCGCCUUCAUGUCCAUGCACCCCUAGGAACCCCAUUAUCUCCUUCAAAUACUCAGUAUCAUACAUUCUCACCUUCGCCGAAAGGCCUAUCUCCUAUUCCCUCACCAAUGUCACCCCAUUCGCCCGCUGCCAUGGGUAGCUCUGAUGAGGGGUCUUUUUUGCAGGCUUUCGACGACGACGAGGAAGACGCGCCUCAACCAAUGGAACAUGUCGUAAAGUGGAAGGCCAUUCGCGAUCAAGCGAUUAUCGUCACAGGCACCACCGUCUACAUUCCUCAGUCGAUAUAUCAACCAUAUACUGAGGCAGAUCGUGUCCGCUACAUCGAGAAAGCCGAUCUUAAGGAGCCCAUCAUCUUUAAGACAGCGCAUCCUGACCAGUGGGGCAUAGCCCUUGAUGACGCCCUGAAAGCUAAGAUGAAAGACCUUCUCGAUAAAGAUGACAACAUGUUCGAGAACUGCGGGCCCUCCGUGUCCAUCCGGCUUCAGUGGCCCGGGUAUCGUGCAUGGACCAAGCAGAUCCCCACGAUGGACUUCAAAAGUCCGAAAGGUCCUAUCACCAGAGCUAAAUUGGCUAAAAAUAUCGCAAACUGCGUGAAACGAUUCAUCGAAGAAAAGGAAAAAGAACGUAUGGAGAUGGAGGCAGAUCGUAGGUGGAGGGUUGGAACACGCUACAUCAGAAUGGAGGACCUUAUCUUGGUGUCCCUGCACCACAUCUCUAAGGGUAGUUGGCAGCCUCAGCUACGUCUACGCACUCCACUAGUUGACAUUCAACUCCGGCGCCUUCAACCUCAACCUCAAGCCCCGCCUUCCGCAUAGACCUAUUCACAGAGGUUUUCGUACUUUACUCGCUUACCGUGCCGUUUGCCAUGUAUAGCCGUGACAUUCCGCUAUAGGCUUUAUUCG